AUGGAUUUUAGUAACAUACUGGCAUCAGUUGAUGAUUUGUCAUUAAAGGUGGUUGAUAUUUCUUCCAAUGCCUCGACUACACAUGGAAAUAAUUCAACGAAAUCAUUGACAGCGGUGUAUCUUUCAACCCAACGUGUUGCACACAAACGCUUUAAUGAUUUGGAUGAUGGGUUGAGAUCGCUAUUAGCAAUAGCUUCCAAAAGUAUACUGUGGCGUUUAAGUGUGUUAAAAAAACAAUGCAUUUUUUCUACCACACCUAAACAGUUCCUUACAGCUUGUUGUUCACAUGAUGAAGACACUGCCAAAUUCAAUGUAUGGGCAGCACAGUGA